AUGGCGCCAGGAGGUCCCCGGCCCCUCACUGCUCAGCUGGAGGCUGAGACAGGCCUGAAUGUGCCCUCCCAGGGCCGCCCAGUUCAGCUCUUCCUCUACUCGGGACUUCUGCCCUCGCACAUCACUGACUCUAGACCCCCAGGGAGUCCAGGUUUCACCCCCACCAGUGGCCACAGCUGGACUAGGCAGAGCCCAGGGGACCCCUCAGCCAGUGCAGUCACCAUCGCUGCCAUCAGCCAGUGCAGUCACCAUCGCUGCCACCAGCCAGUGCAGUCACCAUCGCUGCCAUCACCCAGUGCAGUCACCAUCGCUGCCGUCACCCAGUGCAGUCACCAUCGCUGCCAUCACCCAGUGCAGUCACCAUCGCUGCCGUCACCCAGUGCAGCGGUGCUGGGCUCCCAGGCCCUGACCCGGCUGGCGCUUCACAACCAACACGGUGACAGCUCCAGCUGUGAGAAGCCCCAGCACCGCCCUCCUGGCUCCCAAUUCCCACUGCAAGGAGCUCACCCUGCAGUCAGGCCCCGGGGCGGCAGGCUAAUGCCACCAGACCUGAGGGCCCUGGGACAGCAGGAUGACACCACCCAUCCUCGAGGGCCCUGGGACAGCAGGUCAACACCACCCCUCCUGGAGGGCCCUGGGACAGCAGGCCAACACCACCCCAUCCUGGAGGGCCUUAGACAGCAGGCCAACGCCACCCCAUCCUGGAGGGCCCUGGGACAGCAGGCCAACACCACCCCAUCCUGGAGAUCCCCGGGUCAGCAGGCCAACACCACCCCAUCCUGGAGGGCCCUGGACAGCAGGAUGACGCCACCAUCCUGGAGAUCCCCGGGUCAGCAGGCCAACACCACCCAUCCUGGAGGGCCCCAGGUCAGCAGACCAACACCACCCAUCCUGGAGAUCCCUGGGUCAGCAGGUCAAAGUCACCCCAUCCUGGAGGGCCCCAGAACUUUGCUGAUGGGGAAGUCGGAAAGCCCAAUGGGGAUGGAGAGAGCCAGCCCACCCGCGCAGAAGCGCAGAGGCUUCCUAGAGUGGGCGCUGCUGCUGCUGGUGACAGCAGCCCUGGUGGUCCUGGGUAUCCUCUACAGCAGAGGGAAGCAGCUGCCCCCCUUUACUAGCUGGCUGUACUUCUCCCAGGAAGAGACGACCACCAUAAAACGAAAACCCCGAGAGUCCUCGCCUUCGGAGGUCUGCACCACCUCGGGCUGCGUGAUGGCAGCUGCUAGGAUCCUGCAGAACAUGGACCCAACCAAGGAGCCCUGUGACGACUUCUACCAGUACGCCUGCGGAGGCUGGCUGCGGCGUCACGUGAUCCCCGAGACCAGCUCGCGGUACAGCGUCUUCGACAUCCUGCGCGAUGAGCUGGAGGUCAUCCUCAAAGGUGUGCUGGAGAAGUCCACUGACAAGGACCGGCCCGCAGUGGAGAAGGCCAAGAUGCUGUACCGCUCCUGCAUGAACAAGAGCGUGAUAGAGAAACGAGACUCUCGGCCCCUGUUGGACGUCCUAGAGACCGUGGGAGGGUGGCCAGUGAUCAUGGACAAAUGGAAUGAGACCAAAGGCCCCCAGUGGAAGCUGGAGCAGCAGCUGGCCCUGAUGAACGCUCAGUUCAACAGGCGCGUCCUCAUCGACCUCUUCAUCUGGAAUGAUGACCAGAACUCCAGCCGCCACAUCAUCUACAUAGACCAGCCCACCUUGGGCAUGCCCUCCCGGGAGUACUACUUCAGCGAGGGUAACAGCAAGAAGGUGCGGGAAGCCUACCUGCAGUUCAUGAUAUCGGUGGCCACCAUGCUGCGGAAGGACAAGAAGCUCCCCAAGGACAACAAGCUAGUGCGGAAGGACAUGACGCAGGUGCUGGAGCUGGAGACGCACCUGGCCAACGCCACAGUGCCCCAGGAGGAGAGACACGACGUCAGGGCCCUGUACCACAGGAUGAACCUGAAAGACCUCCAGCACAAGUUUUCCCUGAAGGGAUUCAACUGGACUCUGUUCAUACAAUCCGUGCUGUCGUCGGUCAAGAUCACGCUGCUGCCCAAUGAGGAGGUGGUGGUCUAUGGCAUUCCUUACCUGCAGAACCUUGAAGAGGUCAUCCACAUGUACCCUCCCAGGACCAUGCAGAACUACCUGGUCUGGCGCCUGGUGCUGGAUCGCAUCAGCACCCUGAGCCAGCGAUUCAAGGACGCACGCGGGAGCUAUCGCAAGGCGCUGUACGGCACCACGGUGGAGGAGGUGCGCUGGCAGGAGUGCGUGGGCUACGUGAACAGCAACAUGGAGAGCGCCGUGGGCUCCCUCUACGUCAAGAAGGCCUUCUCCAAGGACAGCAAGAACAUGGUCAAAGAACUCAUCAACAAGGUGCGGGCUGUGUUUGUGGAGACCCUGGAUGAGCUGAACUGGAUGGACGAGGAGUCUAAGAAGAAGGCCCAGGAGAAGGCCAUGGGCAUCCAGGAGCAGAUCGGCUACCCAGACUACAUCCUGGAGGGGAACAAGCGCUUGGACGAGGAGUAUUCCAGCCUGAACUUCUCAGAGGACCUGUACUUUGAGAAUGGGCUGCAGAACCUCAAGGCCAAUGCCCACAGGAGCCUCAAGAAGCUUCGGGAACAGGUGGACCAGAAUCUCUGGAUCAUCGGGGCUGCCGUGGUCAACGCAUUCUACUCUCCAAACCGAAACCAGAUUGUUUUCCCUGCUGGGAUCCUCCAGCCACCCUUCUUCAGCAAGGAACAGCCGCAGGCCCUGAACUUCGGGGGCAUCGGGAUGGUGAUUGGGCACGAGAUCACACAUGGCUUUGAUGACAACGGCCGGAACUUCGACAAGAACGGCAACAUGCUGGACUGGUGGAGCAACUUCUCGGCCUGGCACUUCCGGAAGCAGUCGGAAUGCAUGGUCUACCAGUACAGCAACUACACCUGGGACCUGGCUGACAAGCAGAACGUGAACGGAUACAGCACCCUGGGGGAGAACAUCGCAGACAACGGAGGAGUGCGGCAGGCGUACAAGGCUUACUUAAAGUGGACCACGGAGGGCGGCAAGGACCAGCAGCUACCAGGACUGAAGCUGACCUGCGAUCAGCUCUUCUUCGUCAACUACGCCCAGGUGUGGUGCGGGUCCUACCGGCCUGAGUUUGCCAUCCAGUCCAUCAAGACUGACGUCCACAGUCCCCUGAAGUACAGGGUGCUGGGCUCAUUGCAGAACCUGGCUGCCUUCGCUGACACCUUCCACUGCACCCAGGGGUCCCGCAUGCACCCCAAGAAGCGAUGCCGCGUCUGGUAGCCAAAGCUGAACCACACUGUGCGGUCCACACCCACCCGCUGCCCAGAGGCACCUGCAGCACAACAGUGCAGCCAGCAGGGACCUGGUAGGCACCCCGCCAGGUGGCCAUGGUGCCGGCCCGACCUCCGUGCCAGCCUGAAACACAGCCACCGCCUGACACCGGUCACUUGACCCCUCCGCAUCCACCUUCGGGGGUCAGAGCCCCAUGCAGCCCCAUAGACACCAUCCACCAUCUUCCACCCGCUCUGAAAGCUCGCUGCUGCGCGACGUCUAUGAGCUUCAGACACGAGCCGAAUAAAGGCUUGAAAGAAG